GGGAUGGGUAAGACUUUUUUGGUUUGUCCGAAUGCAAGUGUAUCACAUCAUCAUCUCCCCACCUAUAAAUUGAGGUCUUCCACUCUGACAUAAACAGAUUAAAACACAAAUCAAAGGUUUGAAUUUGGUCGGAGAAAUUGAGAAGAAAUUAAUAAAAAUAAAAUACUAAAAGAUGGGGAGAGCUCCAUGCUGUGACAAAGCCAAUGUGAAGAAGGGGCCAUGGUCUCCUGAGGAAGAUUUCAAACUCAAAUCAUACAUCGAUCAAUUCGGCACCGGAAACAAUUGGAUUGCUCUUCCUCAGAAAAUCGGGUUGAAGAGAUGUGGGAAGAGUUGCAGGCUGAGAUGGCUGAAUUACUUGAGGCCCAACAUCAAGCAUGGUGGAUUCACUGAGGAAGAAGACAACAUUAUUUGCAGCCUCUACAUCAGCAUAGGCAGCAGGUGGUCUAUAAUCGCGGCACAGUUGCCCGGGAGGACGGACAACGACAUCAAGAACUACUGGAACACGCGGCUAAAGAAGAAGCUCUUGGGGCGGCACAGAAAGCCGGCACCGAUCCCCGGCCAAGAAGCGGCCGGGGAAGACGCCUUCGAUCUGUACAACCUCAGCAGCUCAGCUCUCGAGAGGCUGCAGCUCCACAUGCAGCUGCAGUCCCUCCAAAACCCUCUCUCUCUCUUCAACAAUCACCUGCAGCAGAAGAUGAUCCAAACCCUAGAUUCCCUCAAUCCGCACCAAUUAAUCGCCCCUCCUGCAUUCGGACAAGCUCCGAUGGCGGAGCAGAUUAAUCCCCUUUUACUCGACGAAAAAUCAUGCGGUUUUGCGGCGGCGGCGGAGGAGAAUCUGCAGACAGUUGGCGAUGAUGAGUUCGAUUGUUUUAAGGAAAUGGGCGGCGUGGAGAGGGAGAAUCUUGCAUGGUGGUGUAAUGAAUUCGAGGUGAAGUCGACGUCGUCGAGCUCGUGGGAUUCGACGGCUGUGAUUGAUCAUCAAAUUUAUGGGGAUUAUGAUAUGGGUUUUAGCAUGUGAGGAUCACUUCAAUUUGCUUAGUUCAUAAAAGGAGGGAGUUUGAUGUGGUUAUUCUAUAUAUGUAAAUUGUUGUGAAUAAAUGCUUUUUUAGGGAAAGUCGGUAGUAAAAUGUUACGUUUGCAUGAUUUA